AUGUCUGCCGAAGAACAGAAGACCACCAUUCAGGCCCAGAAGCCCGACGAGACUGCUGCCGCUCCCGCUGCCGCCGACAAGGGAAAGGCUGUCGACAUCCCUAACUUCGAGGACGAGGAGUUGGAGGAAGAAGAAAGCGAGGACGAGAAUGUCGAUGAGAGCAUGCAAGUUGAGGAAGAUGAAGAGGAAGAGGAGGAUGACCUCGCCGAGAUUGACACUUCCAACAUUAUCUCUGGCGGUCGCAGGACCAGGGGUAAGCAGAUUGACUACACCAAGGAAGCCGCCAACCAGCCUGCUGCCGAGGACGAGGAAGAUGACGAGGACUUCGAGAUGGCCGAGUAA